AUGAUCAGUACAUUGUACAAGUUCCCUUGGUUUUCCGUCAAACUUUACACCAUUCGUCAGAUUCAGGCCAUGUUCGACGCCUAUAAGAAGCAGCUUGACGUCUUGAUUGUCAAAGUCGACUCUUCCACGGGCAAUCCUCGUGAAGUGGGCCUUGACAACAAACUCCUGAUGGAUUUCGUCUUUGCCGGUCUCAAUACUCCGGGCUUCUCUGAGCGUGAGCGCGCAGACAUUGUCGAGGCCUCUCAGGCGCUGGCGUGUGGGUUCCGCAUCAGCAAGCAUGCGCGGUACUGGCCGUUCCAGACCUUGACUGCGCACCCGGCGCAUCUGUCCGAUCAAGAUAUUGGCAUGUGGUUUGAAAUUUUGAACAUCGGCAUGGGCAUCAUGGAGUCUCAGAACCGCAAACUCAUCGGCAUCGAGCCAUAUCUCGAAGUCAUCCGUGACCCCGACGGCCAUGUCUUGUUCAUGCCUACUGAGACUGGCCUCAACUUGAAGCGUGGACAGUUCUCCAUCUUGGAAAAGCGUUUCAUGAAUGACAUGAUGAAGCUUGGUUGGGAUGCUUACAUGGGUCAGAUGGGCGUUGGGACACCUACCCACGUACAGCAUCACUUCAACAACGACUUUACCGUCGGUGCCGCUCAUGUUAAUCAUGGCGACCCUCUCACCGGCGCUGGAAGCAGCAACACCCGUCCUGGUGGUCCGCUCAACAACAACGGUCAAGGAUCAGGUGCUGGCGUCCACACCACCAAUUACCAGACCGGUCAAGAUCAGAAUCCUGACACCUUGAAUGAGUAUGACCAUUUCGACGAUGAGGAUGACUUUGAAGGAGGAGGAUACGGUGACAAUGUCGACGACCCCGAGAAGGCAGAGAAAGCCAUGCGCGAAGUGCUCAGACAAGUCAGCGAGGCUCCGCCGGCGAGACAGCAAGCCUCCAUGCUUAAACAGAGCGUCUAUGACACCGAAACUGAGGGAUUGGGAGCCGGCCUGCAGAACAUCGGGUUGGCAGCCAGCAACGACGGGCCUGGACCGACUAUCGUCGGACAGCUCCCUCAACACCGUCCCGUCCGCUCCGGCACUGUCCUCGGUCACCCCUUCAAUCCAGAGACUCCGGCGUUUGAACCACCGCCAGGCUGGAAACAGCGUCGUCGUCAUACCCCCAGCAACUCUGACUCUACCUUGGGCACUGGCACCGGCACUGUCUUUGGUGGCUCCGGGUUGGGAAAUGGCGACUUUACUUCUCCGCAGAGAAUCAGCACCGCUCGCAGCAAUAACAAAGGCAAAGGCAAAGACCCUGCUGCUGCCGUUGGUAGUGGCGCUCCAGCUACCGCUACCGCUGCCGGUAUCCGCCUUCAGCCUGCUGCACCAAUCUUCGGCCCGCCUCUCAAUGCUGCCUUUGGUCGAGCUGAUGCCGCUGCUGCCCAGCCAAACUUAUUUCAAGGGCCCAAGAAUCGUGAGCAUCGCGGUAUUACAAUUCGGUCUCCGGAUGAUGGAAAUCCCUUUGCCACCCUGCAAUCCACUCCUGUUCGCGAGACCGGAAGUAUCGCUGUUGGCGGUCCUGGGGGGUUGACGCUGUCUCCCGGAUCGGACCAGGACCCUAACAAGGCCGAUGGCAUCGACGAAUUCUUGGAUGACCUUUUUGGCGAAACCACAAGCCAGGCUGAUCGUGUGGCCAUGCGUACUCCUGUGAUGACUCCAGCCACCACUCCGCGGGGCAGCCCCCUGCGACGCAUGCCCGGGCGUGUGCCUUCCGCCGGUAUUGGUCCUAUCGAAGACGAUUUCGAGGAUAGCGAGGUGGUCAGCACGCCGGUCAUGCCUAGCUCUUCUCCAAGCUACAUCAAUUACUCUGACGUGUCUUCCAACUCGGACUUCGCGACCGACAGUUCUCCUCCCUAUCGCACCCCUCCGACAAACCAUGGCCCUCCCGAGGAUCGUGGGCCCGGCUCUGGCUGGGAAGGCUAUACGGCGAUCCCGCAGGAGGACUACUCUCCCAAGCGAGGCCUUCGCCUUCUCACGACCCCGGGCUUUGGGACUGCUCUUGUUGGCACCUCGUAUGCUCAGCGCAUGACCAACAGCGAAACCACUGCUGAAGAGCGCGGUUACCGCAUGCAUCAACAAUACCGCCAGGUCCACAUUGAAGACACGAUUGACGAGGGGGCCGAGUAUGAGGGCGAGGGCGAGGCCGAGUCCGAGUCUUGAGACUUUUGGAUCCGUGACCUGCAUUUUUGAGGCCGAGGUGAAAUGGAGGUGAGAAAAUUGGGCUGCGACUUUCCCUGGAUAAGAAUGACUGGAGAUCCGCAGGAGCGUCAAAGCCAAUUCACUGCAGUUGGAUCGAGGUGCAGUGAGCAGGUGCAAUGCGCUGGACUUGUGGUCAAUGGAAACGAAUCAUGACAGUCAUGCAAUGAUGGGCACUCGAUGCGAUGCAAAUGCAAAUACAAUGCGACGAGAGCUUUGGGACUGGCAACGAUGGAUGAAUCAUGGUGAACGAGUGCUCAAUUGGAAGAUCCAGAAGAGAAAA